AUGCGGCCCAUAGCUUCCACCUCCGCCCUUGCGGUCCUCACUUUCGCGACCGUUGCGCUCGCUCUCGCCCACGAUGAUUCCACAGAUAUGGAUAUGAAUAUGAACACCGAUACACACGGCGAUAUGCACACAGAUAUGAAUAUGCACCACAGCCAGCCCCCGGCUCCCCAAGACAACGGACCGAUGAGCUACUUUGCCUACGGCAAACAUUCCAGCUCCAUCAUAGCCCACAUUGCCCUGAUGGUCGCAGGGUGGUGUUUCAUUCUCCCGGUCGCCGUCAUGCUCAGCGUCGCGCGCUCCCGCCUCGCCCUGCUCGCGCAAUUCCUCUUCUUGCUCGUUAAUGCCUUCGCCCUCCUGCUUGGCAUCGUCUAUAACAGCCAGACACCCGAUCUGUACGAGAACAACGCCCACCACAAGCUCGGCUGGGUCGCUAGCUGCGUCGUCGCCGUGCAGGUCGUGCUCGCUUUGCUAUUUGCCUACGCAGGACGGGGCGCUCCGUCUUCCGAGAAGUAUCACCGUGACCAUGAACGGGAACAUGAACACGCUGCUUUCUUGCCCGUUCCGACGGACGAGGACCGCAUGUACGCCAGCGAGGGGCGUUGGUCGCGCGAUAGCGGGCAGGGCUCCGAGAGUGCGUCGGCCGGUACGUCGCCGUGCCACUCGCCCGUUGACUAUGAGAGCUUUGAGAAGCAGUUGCCCGCCCGCGGCUGGGCGGACAAUACCGGUGUUGGCCGGUUUUUGUCGAAGCGGCUGCCGGGGUUGAUUCCUGGCCGGGCUCUGCGCGGCCUGGCUCUCGUGUACGAUGUCGUUGACCGGGUUAUUCUUCCCUUUGGAUUUGUGGCACUUGCUACGGGUGCUGUCACCUAUGGUGGUAUUAUGCGCAAUCGGGAGAUCUUCAAUGGCCUGGCGCACUUUAUUAAGGGCGGGAUCUUCUUCUGGUAUGGCGUUCUCACUCUGGGCCGGUAUCUUGGGUGCUGGGCGGAUCUGGGCUGGGCCUGGAAUCGGAAGCCGGCUGCUUCUAUUGUGGGGAAUUGGAAGUCGAAGGUUCCCUCUGCUGAGGCGACGGAGUCGUUUGUUAUCUUCCUGUACGGCGUGACGAAUGUCUUCUUGGAACAUCUGUCCAAUGCCGGACAGGCCUGGUCGCCUACUGAUCUCGAGCAUGUUUCAAUUUCCGUGCUGUUCUUUGGCGGCGGUUUGGCCGGCAUGUUGUUCGAGUCUACCUGCAUUCGCGACUGGCUUAAUAACACCGUCCUUCAAGCCCCGGCCCAUGGGUCUGCCGAUGAAGGCUGGAGACUACCCAAGUCUCAGGGUGUAUCUUUGAACCCGAUGCCGGCGUUGAUCAUUUUGUUGCUUGGUAUGAUGAUGGGCUCGCACCACCAGACCAGCAUGACGUCGACUAUGGUGCACAAGCAGUGGGGUAACAUGCUUGUUGGGUUUGCGUUGGCCCGGGGUAUGACAUACGUCCUGUUGUACCUCAAACCACCGACCUCGUACCUCCCUGCUCGUCCCCCGACAGAGAUUAUUUCUGCAUUCUGUUUGAUCUCCGGAGGUCUCAUUUUCAUGUUAAGUACUCGCAAUGUGAUUGAAGCGAUGGAAUACUACCAGGUGGAUGCAAUGUUCACCUUCACCGUCGGCCUGGGCUUUAGUGCCUUCAUCAUGGCUUAUGAAGUUUUGGUGAUUGCUCUCAAGGCCUGGUCCGUCAAGCGCACCCAGCGCUCCGCACUCAACUUCCGUUUCGCGUGA